AUCGCAACGCACAUGGAAUAUUCCGUCUGGUUCUCACCUCCGUAGACGCCGCUUACCUACGCGUGUUUGUCUCUUCAAAUAUGCCUUCACCGGAUCCUUCUCCUGCCGCCAUUGAAGCCGUCACAUCAUCGCUCGGUAUAAAGCCCUUUCUCUCCGAUCUCCGCCGUGCAGGUGAAGAAGAAGGAUUGGGCGAUGGCCAGCGCUACGGUAGUGGUGGUAUUCGAUUUCGACAAGACCAUCAUCGACUGCGACAGCGACGACUGGGUCGUCAACCAGUUGGGGCUCAGGGACGUCUUCGAGCUGCUUCUUCCCACGAUGCAGUGGAAUCUCCUCAUGGGUAGGAUGAUGAGCGUGCUGCACUCGCGGGGCAAGUCCAUUGAAGCUAUCGCAGAGUGCCUGAGGAGAGCGCCUGUGGAUCCCCAUGUCAUCGAAGCCAUCAAGACAGCUUAUUCUCUAGGGUGUGAGCUCAGGGUGGUGAGUGAUGCCAAUCUGUUCUUCAUAGAGACAAUACUCAAGCAUCAUGGAUUGCUGGAGUGUUUUUCUGAAAUUAACACAAACCCUAGCUAUGUCGAUGAGGAAGGGAGGCUAAGGAUCUUACCCUGCCAUGAUUUUAUCAUUUCCUCUCAUGGUUGCAGUCUCUGCCCUGCCAAUAUGUGCAAGGGAAAGAUCAUUGAUCGAAUCCAAUCAACCUCUUCCACCGAAGGAAAAAAGCGAUUCAUCUACCUGGGCGAUGGCAAGGGCGACUACUGCCCAUCCCUCAAGCUAAAUCAAGGCGACUUUGUGAUGCCAAGGAAGAACUACCCCUUGUGGAAUCUCAUACUUGGCAAUCGCCAACUGCUUAAAGCUGAAGUGCAUGAAUGGAGCAAUGGGGAGGAACUGAAGUUGAUCCUUCUUCAGCUCAUCAACAGGGCCAUCGAUGGCGGCAACUACAGGACCCCCACACAGGUGCUCUCGGUCGAUUGCAAACAUGUGCCAGUAGCUGUUUCUGGAGCAGAAGAUCGACCUAUUCCUCUUCGCAUUCCUCAGUAGCUAUGCAUUGUUUCCAAUUUCUAUGGAUGUCGACGAUCUUACUGAUGAGAAAGAUACUGAUUGGGAAGAGGACGGUUGAGUUUCUUACAUUGAUUCCUGACUAUCAGUUAAGGCGUCAUAAACUAAUCAAAUAAAUAUUCCUUAUAUAUACUGUAUAAAUAUUUUGUAAGAAUCAAAUAAAAAAUUAAUUAUUUAA